AAUGUAUUUCCAGUACGAUUUAGCAUACUGUAAUAAGCAAUCGUUUUGUCGCACACACCGGUAAAAGUGUAUGUGAAAAUAAAAAAGUGGUGUUUGACACGGAGAUUUCAAACGUUCUGUGUACUUUAAAAAUGGUCGGGUUAUACCUAAUGUAUAGCAAGUGUUUAUGAAUACAGGUCAUGUUUUACAAACCAGCAUGGAAAAUUAAUCUAACAAUUAUGUGAGGAGCCAUUGUUUCAUGCAACGAUAAAUCUGAUUCAUGCAUUAUUACUGUAGUAUAUUCGUAAAGUUUGUAAAACAGCAAGUAAUUUAUUAUCAGCAUUACUAUCAUUAAUAGAUUGGCAUGCAUUGAUUUAUAGCUACAAAGGGAUUUAAAGAUUAACAUUACAGAAAUCGUGGAAAAUUCUGAUACUCUAUAAGUAAUUUAGGCUACUAAUUCAAAUUAUCAAGUAUUACAUGAUGUGAUUGGUAUGUACGCAAAAAUGGAUAAAAACCAGAAUCCUACCCUAAACGGACAAAAUGAUAAGAAACAAAUGGGCUGCUGGGCGAAGUUUAAAAGUUUUUUCGACGAUAGAGGCUUCGACUUGGAAUACGAGUAUAAUGCAACGAACCAAAUAAAUAUAUUGGGUGAGAAUCAAAACGAUAUAGAAGGAUAUAGAAGGAUAUCUGAUAGGAAAUCGAUUGGAAAACGACCUGUAGUGGAAAAUCCUGAUCCAUUAGACGGAGAAUUGACUGGAGUGAUUAAUUUCUACGAACAAUUCGCAACUCUCGGUGAUGAUACUAAAGAAGAGAAUACGGAUAUCUGGAGAAAGUCUUCGCAAAUCCGUAAUCGUGUUUCUAUGCGGCCUAGCAUGUUGUUGACUAACAUAGCCGAAGAAAAAGAAGGAGAAGACGAUAUAGAACUGAACAGGUCGCCGCCGCCUGCCUACAUCCCUACUGCACUGAUCUACGCCCCACCGGAGCCUUUGGAGUUGCUAUGUGUGUUUACGGAACGCGCGUCGCGGGUAUGUGCGGCGGCGUGCGCGGCGGCGGAGCGCGCGGGCGGCGAGGCGCGGGUAGUGCGCGGCGCUCGCGAGACACUCGAGGCGCUGCGACGCGACAACGACGCGCGGCUGCCGCACGUUAUCGUCGUCGACGCACGACAACCGCAGCUACUUGAUGCGCCUCUGCUGGCCAGAGCAAUAAGAGGAACGAAAAGCACUCAACACAUUAUUCUCAUAGCGGUCGUGAAGAAAAGUGCAUAUCUCAAAGAUGAGUUCGCCGUUCUUCCCUAUCUGGAAGCGGGCUUCAACAGGGUAAUGGUUGAGACGGUAGGCACGACGGCGUGGUGCGCUGAAGUGCUGCAGGCGCGAGCGGCGGCGGCGACCACCCGAGCUCAAAUUGCUGCUACCGCCGCACUUGCUGCUGCUGCUGACCGCUGCCGGGACCUGGUCGCUAUCACCGACGACCAGCAAAGGAUACUAUUGACGAAUAAGUCUUGGUGCCGCGUGCUGGGCUGGCGCGUGGACGAGGGGCCGCGGCCUCUGACGGAAGCGGCCGGUGGGGAAGCGCUGCGACUGGCCACCACUGGAGCCAGGGACUGGGAGGCGCCGGUCACGCUGCGACGCAGGGCCGCCCCUGAUCCGAUGUUACUGCCGUGCAGAGGCGCUACUAUAGGAUUGACCAGGGCGACAUCGCACGUGGUGUUUGUGUGCGAGCCGACGGCCGCGACAGAGAGCGAGCGCGGGCGCGGCUCUCUGCACUCCAUUAGGCGCGGCUCGCUCGACGUGCGCUCCGUGGCGUCCGACGGGCUGCGGCGCACAUCCCUAGCCAAGCUGCAAGGACUACCGCUGGAGGCUCCCAUUACUAAAGUGAUAUCUCUUCUCUCGGCGGCGACUGACGGCGCGCCACCUUCGACGGUGGCAUGCAUUGAAAGAGCCGUGGAUAUGCUCCGGACUUCCGAGCUCUACUCGCCGCAGAUGAGAGAUGACACCAAACUGAGGGUCGAGGAUCCCAUCACCACCGAGCUCAUUGGAGCUCUGCUGUCGCGGGAGCAAGCGAAUGCGAACCUUUUUUAUAUGCAGGGGAACACCAAUGUUCUCUCGUCUCGUAGAAGCAGCAACGACUCCACGGUCGUCAGGUCUCAAACCAACAGAACUAACAUCAAACACAAGACAUCAGGCCAACUCCGCGAGCUCCUAGACACGGCUCUGAGCUGGGACUUCGAGAUCUUCCGUUUGGAAGAGUUGACACGCGACAGGCCGCUCGCCCACCUCGGACUCGCGCUGAUGGCCGGCCGGUUCGACGUGUGCGCCGCUCUCGAGUGCGAUGAGAGGACCCUCCUGCACUGGCUCACCGUCAUCGAGACCAACUACCACUCCACCAACACUUACCACAACUCCACGCACGCUGCUGAUGUGCUUCAGGCGGUGGCGUACUUCCUGGAGAAGGACCGGCUGAAGUCGGUGCUGGAGCCGCUGGAGGCGGCGGCGGCGCUGGUGGCGGCGGCGGCGCACGACGUGGACCACCCCGGCACGUCGUCCGCCUUCCUGUGCAACUCGCGCCACCCGCUCGCCGUGCUCUACAACGACGUCAGCGUGCUCGAGUCGCACCACGCCGCGCUCACCUUCAAACUUACACUCAGUGACGACCGCGUAAACAUAUUCAAGAAUCUCGACCGCGACACGUUCAAGUCGGUGCGGCACAACGUGAUCGACAUGAUCCUAGCCACGGAGAUGACGAAGCACUUCGAACAUCUCGCCAAGUUCGUCAACGUGUUCUACGCCAAGGGCAGCGGCAGUAAGGAGGAUGGCAUGCAUACCGAUGAGCCUAUGUCGCUGGAUACGACAGCGCUGUCGCAGCCGGAGAACGUGAUCUUAAUAAAGCGGAUGAUGAUCAAGUGCGCCGACGUGUCGAAUGCUUCCAGACCUCAAAAGUUCGCGUUUGAAUGGGCGAGAAGGAUCGCCGAGGAGUACUUCCUGCAGACGGACAAGGAGAAGGCGAACGACCUGCCGGUGGUGAUGCCGAUGUUCGACCGCGCCACCUGCUCCAUCCCGCGCUCGCAGAUCGGCUUCAUCGAGUACAUCAUCAAGGACAUGAUGGAAGCCUGGGCUGGUUUCAUCGACAUGCAAGAACUGGUGACCCACGCCAAUAACAACCAUCAGCGCUGGAAAGACUUGGACGACGCUGGAGUCACCACCAUCGCCGACGUGAAGCGAGCUCAGAGACAGAACACCAUCCAAUCCCCACCCACCACAUCACAGCCCACCGCCGAGGAGUGAGCUGGUGGUACACCGCAGACUGCCACCAUGGCGGAGGAACUAGCAACUCGGAUUGGCAUCACGCCGCACGCCGGCAGCGAAUGCACCUGGAUUGAGAAUAGAAGAUAUCGUGACACUAAACCAUCAGCCAUAUUUAAAAAUCAUACGAGUGGAACACUUUUGAAAAGUAUAGUUGAAAAUAGCUCUCAUUCAGCAUAUAAAGUACUCUUUAAAGGCCUUCUUUUAACAGAUCGGUAUUACACUUCAGGCCCGAAAACUGUUACACUCUGUACAAUCAAUUAAAAAUGUUUUUAAUUCCAAUAAUUUGAUUUCAGUAGAUGAGAGUUUGCAUGCUUCAAAGACCGGUAAAGUAAAGAGGCUACUAAUUAUUUUAAAUUUAGUAUCCAAUUUGAUAAGUUUCUAAAGUGAUAUGGCGGAUGGUGAGUGGAGACGGGCGGGAGUUGCGUUUGAAGGUCAACGUAAAAAGUCUGAUACGGAUCACGGGCACGGAUGCCUGACGGAUGUGUCCGAUAAUACGCUUAUUUUAUACUUAUUAUAUCCGUGUUAGAGUGGAUAUCACUGAAAAUAUAAGUGUUUAUCUACUUUUAUAAGUAGCCGUAUUUAUUAGAUAAUAUUCAAUAUAUUUACUUAUAUGGAUGUAUCUUGGAAUUUUCAUCGGUAUCUUAUAACGAUCGGCAUUACUAUGUGAUUUACUGUAACUAUAAUGGUUACCAUUUACACGGGUAGAUAAAAUUAUAUAUGUAUGUAUAGUGCGUUACAUUUACAAUGUUUACAAUGAAAUCCGUGAUAUAAGUGCCAUACUGAAUGAUUGGCCAGCGUUGUUCAUUUUGUAAACGACCUAAAGGGAAUAAACGAGGAAUAUUUCUCACUGCGUCCCAUGACACUUCACUGCGAGCUGCGAACUUAUCUGUUCUUUUCGAUUCAAACGUUUACCAGGCACUACAGUGUUAACUAUCAAAAACGUAUUUCUCGUCUUAUAUUAUACAAUUUGGUAUAAAAUUGGUCCAUUAUAUACUUGAGCUUUCGAAGAAUUCCUAUUUUUAUAAUAACUUUUAGGUAGUCCAUACAGAAUGUUACGGCUUCUAUGUCAUAUCAAAAUUCCAAAUUUUUCGAUAUAAUUUUACCGUUCAAUGUACUGGAAAUGUUUGAUUUCAUUCCUGGUGAAUAUUUUAUAAACAUUUUAUAUUUAGGUAAAUGUUAAUGUUAUUUAUUGACUGUCGAUGCCACGUGCUUACUGCUUGGUUUUGCUUUUAAUGGCAAAAAUAUUUCGUAAUGAAAAUUGAUUGUCUACCCUAUGAUUUAGUAAGUAAAGUUUAUAUUAUGAAAAACUUUGACAUAAGUAUUAAAAAAGCUUGCAAUGUGGGUAUCAAUUUAUUUGUUUUUGUAUUGAACUAGUGACAUCAUUCGUUUCCCAUCGCGGAGGAGAAUGAUAAAUUAACCAGAAUCGUGAGGUAAACAAUCAUUUUAGUAUAUUUCAUAUCUUGAUCAAGUCAAGAUAUCAGUUUUAUAUCCAGUCCAACUUAUGUUGCGACAUGUUUUUUUUUUCAACUCAACCAAGUAUCAUGAUAAUGUAUGAGGCUCUGCAAGAUUCGUAUCUUAUAAUGUAUGUUGCACACGUGGUUUCGACUAUUAGAUAUAUUAAUUAUAAAAAAAAACUUAAAAAUUUCAUAAUUUUAUUAUAUUCGAAUAAGGUCUAAUAUAUUUGUAAUAGUGUUUAUUGAACAUUCGUCUUUAUGACGCUGGUAUUUAAGUGAAAUGUGUAGUAAAUAUGAAUGAAUUCAUAAAAUACGCUUCUUUGUGCUCAAUGUGGUUACGUAGCGGUCUAAAGUUAAAUGUUAUAUCUUCAUAUAAACUUUUUACUUGUAACUGUAUGUAGUAAAAAUUGCCAAUUCAUAAAGUUUUUAGAUCACGGUGUUCAAUCUCAUAUUUAUUUGUAUAAUCAUGGAAACCACCAAAUGUACUUUACGCCUAACAACUUAAUGAUCAAAUUAAAUGUUAUUAUAGUUAGCUCAAUUAAGUUUAUGCUAAAAAUAUUAAAAUUUAAUGUCUGGAACGCGCAUCGUGCUUCUGUGUAGAUUUCCGUGUGAUUGAGAAUUGUUUUUACCUAAAACCUAUAACCUAUCCAUAACCCAACAUGUUUAUUUAUAUAUUGUGUUACUGUAUACGUUUAUGGUUGAAAUGAUAACAUAAGAUAAGGGGGCUGGUCCCCAUAUAUUAAAUGUGCAGUUAGAAAGUUGUUGUGAAUUUUAUAAUGCAAAACAUGUGUGCGUUGCAUUACCUGUAUAAGUACCAAUUAAUUAAUGUUAAUGUAAUGAAAAAUAAAGAUUUCAAACACUUCCGAAAGGGGUGAUGGAACAGCUUGA